GAUGGAGGAGCGCUCGAUCAGCAGGAGUCAUGCAGGUGCUUCCCUCACAGUGUCUGACAGGAACCCGUGAUGCAGCAGGGAGUGAGCUGCUCUCCCUCCGCCUUCGUGAAGCAACAGUGAAACGGGGAUGCGGUUUUCCGGCAGUGUCGGUCUCUGAGCUGCUGUGACACCAGGAGGAAACAUAUUGCCCGCUCUCUGCUGGAGGUACCGCUCGGGAGGCAGAGAGCCAUGGCGGGCGCUAAGCUUACUCCCUCUCCCUCCGAGAUCGACCCAGACGUGAAGACCGAGGCGCACAAAACCCCCGAGCCAACAUGGGUCAACCCCUCCAGCCCUCUCCGGACCAUGGGCUCUUUCGGGAGCGAUGCCGGCCAAAGGUAUCAAGAGGAGUACAGUAUGGACUCAACCAAUGCCCAGGUGCAGGUGGAGUUCUAUGUGAAUGAAAACACCUUCAAGGAGAGGCUGAAGCUUUUCUUCAUCAAAAACCAAAGGUCAAGCCUGAGAAUCCGCCUGUUUAACUUCUCACUGAAGAUCCUCACCUGUGCCCUCUACGUACUGAGAGUGAGUCUGGAUGACCGCGAGGAUGUCAACGGCGACCCAUGUGCAAAAUGUCAGAAUAACAGUACAGCAGACUCGGCAGAUAUCAACUGGUGUGUGAUUUUCUGGGUUACCAGACGGGAACCUGUAUGGGCGAUACAGGUGACAGUGGCCUUAAUCAGUUUCUUGGAGACCAUGCUAAUCACAUAUCUCAGCUACAAGGGUAACAUUUGGGAGCAGAUCUUCCAGAUUUCCUUCAUAUUGGAGAUGAUCAAUUCAGUGCCAUUUAUAAUCACAAUCUUCUGGUGUCCAUUGAGAAACAUAUUCGUUCCUGUAUUUCUCAACUGCUGGCUAGCCAAAGGUGCCCUGGAGAACAUGAUUAAUGACUUCCAUCGUGCCAUCCAGAGGACUCACUCUGCCAUGUUCAACCAGGUGUUCAUCCUCAUCUGCACAUUACUGUGUCUGGUUUUCACCGGAGCUUGUGGGAUCCAGCAUCUAGAGCGAGCCGGGAAGCGCCUGACCCUGUUCGACUCGUUCUAUUUCUGCAUCGUCACCUUCUCCACAGUGGGCUACGGGGAUGUCACGCCACAAAUCUGGCCCUCCCAGCUGCUGGUGGUCAUUCUCAUCUGUGUUGCCCUGGUGGUUCUCCCACUGCAGUUUGAAGAACUAGCAUACCUGUGGAUGGAGAGCCAGAAGUUAGGAGGGAACUACAGCCGCCACCGGGCGCAGACGGAGAAGCACGUGGUGUUGUGUGUCAGCUCGCUGAAAAUUGACCUCCUGAUGGAUUUCCUCAACGAGUUCUACGCUCAUCCCAGACUACAGGACUACUAUGUGGUGAUCCUGUGUCCAACAGAGAUAGACAUUCAGGUUCGCCGUAUCCUGCAAAUCCCUUUAUGGUCCCAGAGGGUCAUCUACCUGCAGGGAUCGGCCCUGAAAGACCAGGACCUGAUGAGGGCCAAGAUGGACGAUGCUGAGGCCUGCUUCAUCCUCAGCAGCAGGAAUGAGGUCGACCGAACUGCUGCUGAUCACCAGACUAUUUUGAGGGCUUGGGCUGCAAAAGAUUUUGCUCCAAAUUGCCCUCUGUACGUCCAAAUUCUCAAACCUGAAAAUAAGUUCCAUGUUAAGUUUGCAGAUCAUGUAGUAUGUGAGGAGGAGUUCAAGUAUGCCAUGUUGGCGCUGAACUGUGUGUGUCCCGCCACGUCUACCCUGGUCACACUGCUGGUUCACACCUCCAGAGGACAGGAGGGGCAGCUGUCCCCGGAGCAGUGGCAGAGGAUCUACGGACGCUGCUCUGGAAACGAGGUCUACCACAUCCGCUUGUGUGACAGCAAGUUUUUUGGGGAAUAUGAUGGAAAGAGCUUCACCUACGCAUCCUUCCACGCCCACAAGAAGUACGGUGUGUGUUUAAUCGGAGUGAAGAGGGAGGACAACAAGAGCAUCCUCCUGAACCCCGGCCCCCGCCACAUCAUGGCCGCCCCCGACACCUGCUACUACAUCAACAUCACCAAGGAGGAGAACUCUGCCUUCAUCUUCAAACAGGAAGAGAAGCACAACAAGGGCAUACCCGUCAGCGGCCUCUAUGACGCCCCCUCCAGGCUGCCCGUGCACAGCAUCAUCGCCAGCAUGGUUGAUCAGGCCACUGCAUAUGGCACUGUGGCCAUUGAUCUCCAGAACCCCAGUCCUCCCGAGGAAAGCAGCAAGCUGACCUUGCCGACGGAGAACGGCGCUGGAAGCCGCCGGCCGAGCAUCGCGCCCGUCUUGGAGAUCGCGGACUCCUCCGCCAUCCUGCCCUGCGACCUCCUCAGCGACCAAUCAGAGGACGAGAACAAUCAAUCAGACGAGGAGGGAUCCGUAGGCUCAGAUUUUGUGAAGGGUUACCCUCCCAACUCACCCUACAUCGGCAGCUCCCCCACUCUGUGCCACCUCCUGCCACAGAAAGCUCAAUUCUGCUGCCUUCGUCUCGACAAGGGCUGCACACACAGCAGCUUUGAGGAUGCCAAAGCAUACGGCUUCAAGAAUAAGCUGAUUAUAGUGUCUGCAGAGACGGCGGGAAACGGGCUCUACAACUUCAUCGUCCCUCUGCGCGCCUACUAUCGGCCCAGGAAGGAGCUCAACCCCAUAGUGCUGCUGCUGGACUACCCGCCAGACAACCACUUCCUAGAGGCCAUUUGCUGCUUUCCAAUGGUCUACUUCAUGGCUGGCACCAUCGAUAACUUGGACAAUCUGCUCCAGUGUGGAAUAAUCUACGCCGACAACCUGGUGGUUGUGGACAAGGAGAGCACCAUGAGCGCUGAGGAGGACUACAUGGCCGACGCCAAGACCAUCGUUAACGUCCAGACUAUGUUUAGGCUGUUCCCCAGCCUCAGCAUCAUCACGGAGCUCACACACCCGUCCAACAUGAGGUUCAUGCAGUUCAGAGCCAAGGACUGCUACUCGCUCGCGCUCUCCAAACUGGAGAAGAUAGAGCGUGAUAAGGGCUCCAACCUGGCCUUCAUGUUCCGGCUGCCCUUCGCUGCAGGCAGGGUGUUCAGCAUCAGCAUGUUGGACACACUGCUGUACCAGUCGUUUGUGAAGGACUAUAUGAUCGGUAUAGCGAGGCUUCUUCUGGGUCUGGACACCACGCCAGGCUCUGGGUACCUCUGUGCUAUGAAGAUCACAGAGGAGGACCUGUGGAUCAGGACCUAUGGCAGACUCUUCCAGAAGCUUUGUUCCUCCAGCUCUGAGAUCCCCAUCGGGAUCUACCGCACCGAGUCCCACAUGUUCUCCACCUCAGAGGGAAAGGACAGUUAUGCACAGUCUCAGAAUUCCAUCAACGUGCCGCAGGGCGAGGAGCAUCGAGUGCGCGGAGAGUCCUGGAAGGAGAAGAAGGCCCACAGGAACUCCACCACCAGUGACCAAUCAGAGCACCCGCUGCUGAGGAAGAAGAGCAUGCAGUGGGCGCGGCGGCUGAGCAGGAAGAACGUGAAGCCGUCGAGCCGGGCGGAGCGCAUCUCGCAGCAGAGACUCAACCUGUACCGACGCUCAGAGCGCCAGGAGCUGUCGGAGCUGGUGAAGAACCGCAUGAAGCACCUGGGCCUGCCCACCGUGGGAUACGAGGAUGUUUCUAAUCUCACUGCGAGCGAUGUCAUGAAUCGAGUAAAUCUAGGAUAUUUGCAAGGGCCACAAGCAGACGAGAUGAACGACCACCAGAACACGCUGUCCUACGUGCUCAUCAACCCUCCUCCUGACACCGUGCUGGAGCUCAACGACAUCGUGUACAUCAUCCGGUCCGACCCGCUGGCUCACAUGCCCGAGGAAUCCCAGACGGGGCAGCCCCGCAGGAACCAGCAGGACUUUGUCUCAGAGACGAGAGACGAGACUCACCUCUGAAGCCCCUCAGUCCCUGACACCCUGACACCUUAACCCCGGAGAGCAUGUUCCUCUCACAGAGCGAGGAGUCCACAUCAUGUGUCUCUCAGAUCAGAAAAAUAAUCAACAUUUAGAAAAAGAUGAGAAAGCUGCUGUUUCCCACUGAGCUGCUACCGGAGGAUGCAUGAAUAGUGCCUCGUCAUCGACCCCC